CCCAAAUCCUUAUCUGAUUGGUUAGUCCGCAUUGUAUAGCUGAAAGGAAGUUUAGGGAGACCAAUGAGAGUGUCUCCAGUAAACGAGGUUGACUUUUGUAAAACGGAUGAAUUGAUUUUCGGAAAACUUGCUUGGCGUGGAAAAUAGUUUGCUGACGGUUGUAGAGAGUAGGAAACGGACAGUGAUUGUAGCCUACUCUCAGUUCAACACUACCAAGCUAGUUGAUGUACAAGACAGAAUGGAACAAAUUAGGAACGAAAGCACACAACCUCCGCUAGAUGGAAUCGAUUCGGAGACCUAUGCCAUUACAAAGCACUGCAUUUGUUGAUUAUCUGCUGCUCCCGUGAUAUUUGUCGGCUGUACGGACCCAGCAUCGUGUUCACCUUACUGUGGAUUUCAUUGGCGCAGUUGCUGACUGUAAUAAAUUGUUCACUUGCCUAUGGUACUAAAGAGCAUUGUGUAAUUGGAUAUUUCGCCAACUUUUUCAUAUUGGCGACAAACACCACUAAUCUGAUGUCAUCCGUUAGUGUAUGCCGUCAGUCGUGGCGGGCUAAAAGAGAAAACACAAUAUGUUUUACAAAAGAUCUACCAGAGGUUGCACAGACAGUAAUGGGAUUUCCUGCACCAUCUUGGCAAAGACGGCUCGCUUAUUGGAUCCUAUGGUUUAUCGUUGCUUUGGGUAUCCCAUCUUUCAUCAUAGUAUUAGCUGUGCACACAUAUGAAGCAGAAGAAUUAAACCACUCGCAUCAGGAGUUCGCGAACGUUUCGUGUAACCUGAAUCCCAGCUUGGAUUAUUUUGUACUCUUCUUUACAUCCAUCUUCACAUUCUUGUUCUGCCAACUCGUCUGCGCUGCAGUAAGCACAAGACUGCGCUGCGGUUCGAGUGCCACUCGUCCCAUUGUGGUUCGACAGCUUCACGUAAGUGCCCGCUAUGGGAUUACCGCAAAGCUGGCUGUCACACACAGUUUCGUUUGGAUGGCUGCGUUCAUUGCCGUGUUCUACACAUCAGUUGCACUGUGGCACGUGUUCGCUCUAUUUUCGUGCCUACAAGCGAUUUAUAUAACUGUAAACUGCAUAUUUACUCGUCCUGUGUUAAAUAUAUUAAACCGAUGGCACGAAGACAAGCCGGAAGAAUUAAAGGGAGAGCAAACUGCAAGUUUCGAUCAAACGCAUUUAGCGUCCAAGAAACUAGCAACAGCUGAUCGAUAGCUUCCUGACAAAGAGGUAUAAUUCCGGCGCACCCACACAUAAACCUGGAAGUGUACUUACCUCGGUAUGUAUCUUAUAACAUUUGUGACUUCCGCCGAAAGAGAAAUUUGCUUUCAUCUUUUCGUACAGUUGUGACAAUGAUAUC